GAUCAUAGAUAAAUCAAUUAUGAAUAAAGGCACAUAGAGAGAGAGAGAGAGAGAGAAGUAAGUACAAGUAAAAGAAGUCUCUUCCUUCUUCUUUCCCGGAAAAUCCUCAUAUUGACUUGCUCCUCCAUCUUUGCUCUCUCUACCAACCCUAAUCGAUUCGCCGGCGGAAAUGUCUCACCUUGACGAUCUUCCUUCCACUCCGGGCAAGUACAAAACCGAUAAAGCCCUCCCGUACGGGAUCCUCCACCACCACCGUUACCUCCGCCUCUCGAAACCCACGCUCUGGGCCUCUCUCUUCCUCGCUCUCUUCCUCUUCUACCUCCUCUUAUCCCCUCCCCCCACCCCUUCCCGCCGCAGCCUCAACGACUCUUCCCUCUCCUCCGCCGCUAAAUACGGCGGCUCUCAGUGGGAGAAACAAGUCCGCAAAUCCGCCCAUCCCAGGUCCCGCGGCGGUUUAACCGUUCUCGUCACCGGCGCCGCCGGAUUCGUCGGAACCCACGUCUCGAUCGCGCUGCGGAGACGCGGCGACGGGGUCCUGGGCCUCGACAAUUUCAACCGGUACUACGAUCCGAAGCUGAAGCGAGCGAGGCAAGGGCUUCUGGAGAGAUCGGGAGUCUUCGUCGUGGAGGGAGACAUUAACGACGCCGUUUUGCUCAAGAAGCUCUACGACGUCGUCCUCUUCACGCACGUGAUGCAUCUCGCCGCUCAAGCGGGUGUCCGUUACGCGAUGCAGAACCCUGGAUCGUAUGUGAGCAGCAACAUCGCUGGGUUCGUGAAUCUGCUCGAAGUCUCGAAAGCUGCGAAUCCUCAGCCUGCGGUUGUCUGGGCUUCUUCUAGCUCUGUUUACGGUCUCAACAAGAAAGUGCCCUUCUCGGAGAAAGACCGUACGGACCACCCCGCGAGCUUAUACGCGGCCACCAAGAAAGCAGGUGAAGGGAUAGCUCAUACUUACAAUCACAUCUACGGUUUAUCGCUAACCGGUUUGAGAUUCUUCACGGUUUACGGGCCUUGGGGGAGACCAGACAUGGCCUACUUCUUCUUCACUAAGGAUAUACUCAAAGGGAAGACGAUUACGGUGUUCGAGUCUCCUGAUAAAGGUAGUGUCGCUAGGGACUUCACUUACAUUGAUGAUAUUGUGAAAGGCUGUUUAGGUGCGUUGGAUACUGCUGAGAAGAGUACUGGUAGUGGUGGCAAGAAGAAAGGUCCUGCUAUGUUUAGGAUUUACAAUCUGGGGAAUACUUCGCCUGUUCCUGUUACUAAGCUUGUGAAGAUAUUGGAGAAGCUGUUGAAGAUGAAGGCUAAGAAAAAGGUCAUGCCUUUGCCCAGGAAUGGGGAUGUGGAGUUCACUCAUGCGAACAUCACGUUGGCGCAGAGUGAGAUUGGGUAUAAACCUGCGGUUGAUCUUGAGACGGGUUUGAAGAAGUUUGUGAAAUGGUAUAUGGGGUUUUACUCCAAGAAGAAGAGUUCUUGGUGAGCUCUCUCUCACUCUCAAGUCAUGGUCUCAGUUUAUGGUUGAACUUCGAGUCCUUGCAUCGCUGAGGAAGAUUGGCUCUACUUUUAAUGGACAAACAUUUGGUUAUCUCAACAUAAAAGCUACCUACGUAUUUUGCAUUGGUUCUGUAUUGGUAGAUUUUUCUUCAUUUGUUUGCUAGUAGAUUUUGAGCAAUGUACAGCUUCAGGACUUUAGGUGUGUUUUGGAAACUUAAUUGUCUCAAUAUCCGAAGAAUAAAUCAGCUUUGAGAGUUUCAUGCAUAUGCACUCUGUAGUAAAGUAAAUCAAUCUAUUAUGUUUGUUAACUUGUUU